AUGUCUCAAACGCGCUUUCCAUUCAUGUCACUCCCAAACGAGAUAAAGCUGCUUGUGCUCCUCAUCGUACGAGACGUCUGGCCCGCAGGAUAUCACAUCGACGCCAUCAAUCGCGUUCGACUCGGAUGGAUACGACUGGGACACGUGUGCAAGCUCUGGAGGUUCAUAUUGCUCUCCACUCCAGCCUUCUGGCAAUGUGUCACCACCUUCUACAACCAAAAAGUGAUGGUCGAGUUCUUGGCCAGAUGUCAAAAUGCGCCGGUCAUCAUCGAUCUCGAGGUUCUGGCACACAAUGCCAACUUAAGACCACGGCGGCUCGACGUAAUGGAAUUCGCGAGCAAUCCUUCUCUCUGGAGUAGAGCACGGGAUAUUACGACCAGCGCGCGCAACGCUGGAUAUCGCUGCUACACAAGCGACAUAACCAACCUCCUAUCCGACAUCCGCUUCGAACACUUGCGCGCGCUGAGUGCUUUUCUUCCAAAGCAGUGCGGUCGUCUUCGCUCCCUGCACAGCCUUUCGCUACGGGAACUAUCUAUAUAUUCCGACUCCGCGCACGCGUCAGGGUGCGUCUUAACGCUUGCAACACUCGCAUCUAUACUCGAGCGGUCGCGCAACUUGCAAGUCCUCCGCUUAUGGCGCGCAGUCGGCACCGAUGAGACCGAACUGGUCUCUACCAGAAAUCUCUCCCAACAUCCGAAGCUCGCAUUGAAAGUCAUCGACAUAUCGUCUUUUGACGAACGCAUCCUCCCCUUCCUUGCGUUAUAUUGCGGGGUGUCUGCGACGACUUCCGUAGACAUCGAUCUCCACAACGUCACAACGUUAUCGAAGGCCAUCGACGCCAUCUCAACCCUCGUUCCCGCUAUCACGAACGGCGAUAUCGCGGCAAGGCUGAGAUUUGAUAACGAACACAUGUAUCUGGACGGGGGCAGGACGGUGCUUUUCGACUCAGACUUCUAUGCCAUCGACCUAAAUGUACGGGAGAGUCAGCGCAUAUGCUUGCGCAUGGACGUGCAGACUCCGUGCUGGACGUGGGAUGAGUUCGUGCGCGUAUUCCCUUGCGAGAACAUUGUUUCGUUCAAAUUCAACUUGCGAUUGGAUGACGAGGACGAACUGCCAUUCCAAGAAGGACUCGUCACGCUCUGCGAGAGUUUCCGUGGCGCUCGCACUGUCACCGUCAAAGAAGAAUCCCAUUUCCUACUGUUAAAGCAUUUCCCCGUGAAUUGCCCGCUACAGACGUUCACAGUCUACGCAUCGUCCGGAAUAUCUCACCUCAUCGAACUUUGGCACGCUUUGGACCGGUUUAACCGCCCUGCCUCAGACGUCACGUCGAUCUUGAAAGGCAGAGUCUUCGUAGGAGAUGUUGCCGGACACACAUACAAGGAGGCGCCUUUACUUGCAGCGCUUCGUAAUCGGUGCACCGUGGACGAUCGCAGGGAGCUGGUGGAAAUCGACAGCGACGACGAUUCCCCCGUACAUGACGAAGACUCUGAUUGA